AUGAGAUAGCAAUUGAAUACAAAAUUAUAAUGUUAACAACAAUGUCAUUAGGAGGAUGUAGAUAUGGUUUGUUACAAUAAGUUUUGCACAGAACUCAGACUAAAUUGUUUCAAUUGUAUUAAAAAAGGAAGUCAUAAAUCUCAUAUUGAUGAUGUUUAAAAAAUUAAUACUAUUGUAGCAUUCAUUGAGAAUUAAAAUAAAUAAUGUGAUAAUUUGAUUGAUAAUCUUAAUACACUUAUGAAAAGUGUGAAUCAAUCAUUUUCAUAAUUAAAAAAUGGAAUCAAAAAUAAAUAUUCAUUAUUAAAAGAAAGAUUAGAAAAUCUUAAUUCAUAAUAAGUGAAUGAUUUUUUAAAAUCAACCUUUGAAUUCCCUGAAUAUAAAUAAUCAAUCAUUCAUAUCAUUUAAGAAUAGUCUAACCAAUUAACUCAAACUUUUGGUAGUUUACAUCAAUAGUUAUAAUUAUUAUCUAUAAAUUAUGAUAAAAUUGAUGAUAAAGAUAUUAAACUAUCGAAAGAGCUCUAUGAUCAAGGUUGUCCUAUCAUUAUAAUAUCAUAGGAUUUUAAUUAUAUUUGGAUGAUAAAUACAGAGAGGCUAUAUAAAUAUUAAAGAAAUCUUUAUAAUCAGAUCCUAAUAACAAUUUAUCUUUAUGGUGUUAAGGUGAGAAUAACAGAUAAUUAUUAGGUGAAUGUUUAUCAAGAUUAGAUAAAUAUGAAAGUGCAAUUAAUUAGUUAGACUAAGAAUUAGCUCUAGAUCCGAAAAUGUUAAUUUAUUAUGGAGUAAAGGUAGAUUAAUUCUAAUGUAAUUAUUAGGUUUUUGUUUAUUAAGAUAAAGAAAAAAUGAUAAAGCUAUCAUUUGGUUAGACUAAGCUUUAGCCAUUGAUCCUAAGCAUAUUGAAUCCUUAUGCUCUAAAGGUAGAUUGAUUCAUAGUUAUAUAUAUAGGCGAAUGCUUAAGAUUAAUGUAGUAAUACGAAAAAUCUAUAGGAUUAUUUGAUUAAGCACUCUCCAUUAACCGAUAGCAUGCUUCAUCACUUAACUUAAAAGGUAUUUAUUAUUGUAAUUUAAAGGAAAAUGUUUAACAGAUUUUUAAAAUUACAAAGAAGCUCAGAGAAAUCGUGAAAAAGCAAUAUAUUUAUAAAAAGAUAAUGUAUGCUUAAAUGUAAAAAGGUCUAUUCCAAACUAUUCAAAAUGAUAAAAUAAAUGAAUUUAAGUAAUUAGUAUCAAAUUUAAUAGAUAAUUUUAUCAUUAUAUUUAUUAAUUUUAAUUCUAUCAGAAUAAUUGGUAAUUUAUUGAUAUACUGCUGA